AUGUCGGAGAAACAAUCUGCUCCGUGGGAGGUAGCACACCCCAAAGACCAUCUAUUCGUCCUUAUAACGGGAGCAAACGGGGGCAUCGGGCUAGCAGCGUGUGAACGCCUCAUUGACGAAUUCCUCGCCACCCGACCCCUGACAUCGCACCUGAUUCUUCUACCGACAACUCGUUCGGCAACCAAGUCUCGUCAGGCUAUCCGCCAUCUACGUCUCUACGCGGAGCGUGUUGCCCAGACUUGCUCAAAGCUUCGAUCACGCUAUCUCUCUACUCCUCCUCCUGACGUCGCUUCUUCCUCUUCAUCUUCUCCUGUUCUCUCUCCUCCUCCCGAUAUCGCUUCUCCUGGGCCCGACGCAGAAUGGGAUUGGAGACCGCACGCUGCUCGCAUCCACGUCAUCAGCCCGCAGGUCGACCUGUGCGACCUGCGAGCCGUCUACGCCCUCGCCGGACGCAUGUGCACGGGCACCAUCGGUAACCCUCCCGGCACGGAGGGUCCGGACGGCAGGCUGGAGAGAGUCGUCAUCCCACGCAUCGACUCGGCCAUCUUCAACGCCGCGUACGGCGGGUGGUCGGGCUUCAGCCUCCCCGGGGCGCUGUGGUCCUUUGUCUCCAGGGGGUUCGUGACGAGCGUCACCUGGCCGGAUUUCAAGCUCGCUAUGCCUACCAGUAUACUCAAUGAGCAGGCCGAGUACAACUAUCCCCCCAAACCACUCCUCGGUCAAGUCUUUACAGCCUGCGUACUAGGCCACCACGUCCUAGCCCGCCAGCUCCUCCCCCUCCUCAGCCGUCCGGCCGACUCGGCCCUGGACCCGGGUCGCAUCAUCUGGACGAGCAGCCUGGAGGCUCACGACGGUGACCUCAUCCCUUCGGACAUGCAGGCCUUCAACCCCACCACCCCACCCUACGAGUCUGCCAAGCGUCUGACCGACAUCCUCAUCCUGUCUCAUACCUUGCCGUCUGUCAAACCCCUGGCCGAUGCCUACCUGACCUCUCCUUCCACAAUCAACUCUUCCUCUAUCUACCGCGACGACGACAACAGCAGCAACAACAACAACAAAAACAGCAAGAACCAAAAGGCACCCCGCAUCUACCUCUCCCACCCUGGUAUCGUGGCUUCCUCCCUGUUCCCCGUGCCCUGGUUCCUCUUCUGGGCGUACCAGCUCGCCCUCGUGGUGGCCCGGUGGCUCGGAUCUCCGUGGCACGUGGGCAACGCCUACCGCGGCGCUAGCUCGGUCGUUUGGCUCACCCUCCGCGACCAGGAGGCGCUCGACUCCCUGGACGCUCAGAGGUCCAAGUGGGGUAGCGCCACCGACCCGUCCGGACGGAGCUUCGUCAAGAGGACCGAGGUCGACGGGUGGGGGUGGACCGGCUCCCUGGCGGACAACCAAGGCGUCGCGGCCGGCACGGCGGACGACGCCAGCGUCGAGGGACUGCGCGAUGCUAAGGGGAAGGUGCUGCCUAACCUGAGCUGGGGUGUGGGGAGGAAGAGGAGCGCUAUGCCCGUCACCCAGGAGGGUCUGUCCAGCUUCGAGGAGCUGGGCAGGGAGUGCUGGGUCAAGAUGGAAGAUAUGAGGGAGGAGUUGGAGGAUAUUUUGGGCUUGUGA